AUGGUUGACUCACCUUCUUUGCUACUUCGCCCCUCUUUAGGCCAGUCCCCCGCCGUGGGCGCCCUGUAUAAUGCCCACGCUGACAGGAUCCUUGAUCAAUCUGUCUUCAUUGACCCACCAUCCGUAGAGGUUGUUACCACCAAACCCAAUCCCUCCGCUCGUUAUGAGCUGGCCCAAAUGGGUUCCACGGAGCAAAAGUUCUCGAAGCUUGGUGUUGGAGAUGAACUUGCGGUCAGUUUCCUGUGCGAUCUGGUGACAGUUGGGGGCAGUGGGAAGUGGCUUCAACAGGCCGAAUCAAGUGUGCAGGAGCGUGAGGCGUCAGUCUUAUGCAUUUCAACAAUAAACCGUCAAUACAUUGAUUGGAACAGCACCAACAACAACCAGGACGAAUUACGGAGUCUUAUCGACAUAACUGCCAUGCAAGAUGAAGAUGCGACCCACGUUGUCUGCGGCAUCCACUGGGGAGCCCGGACUGUCAUAACAACCAUCGCAAGAACAGGAGACAAGAACGAUGAGCGUCUGCAGUCUAUCCUGGAUUCUAUUGGGAAUGUUUACAUUACAGGAGCGGUUAAAGACCUAGACAAAGAGCUCGGGGCCUUCGCCAUUACUCUUGAUUUCAAGAUCCACGCUGACCUAUUUCCUGCUGGACCCAUUCCGACGACGUACAGUGGCGUGUGUCAAUACUUGAGCAAAGUGCCCCAGGCGAUCAAGAAGUUCGCUGGGGGCAAAGGUCGAUGCCUUGCCUAUGAGCUUGUGCCUAUUGCGGAGUUUGCACAGAGACUCCAGCUCGACUUUAAACUAUCAUCAACGCAGCUGUGCAUACCCGUGGAGCCCGACUGCCUGAGAGAAGUUAUCAGCCUCUUCGCGGCAUUUACUGUCUCGAAGCAGAGGCUUCACGAUUGCCUGGAGAAUCUGACGCGUCACCUAUUCUGCAUUCCCGCUGAGCAUCUUGACCGCGUCAAGAAACAGGUCAAGUCCGCUGGGGAGGGUGAAUGUGCCAUCAAGGCCAAGCUGGCGCAAAAGGUCAAAGAAGCCCGUCAAGACGGCGAUAGUAGUAGGAGUACGGAGCUGCGCGAUGCACUGACAGAGCUACGGGAUUCUCCUGACAGCCCCGAGCGGAUAGCUGAGAUUGUCGGCCUGUACGACGAGAAGAUGCAGUUUGCUGAUGAGAUAGUUGCCGCUGGUGCUCGAUAUGGCAGUGUUAAGGAGGCCAUUAUGGCCAGCUUGACCACCCAGGAACGAUCCCAGGACCUGUACAUUCUGCAUUAUAGCAAAGCGGCGCUGGUUCACCCUGACUGGGAAGCCACUAGGCUCAAGCUUAAGGACCUCCUUUCAGUGACGAAAACCACCACACAGUCGGUAGUGAUGGUGAUCGACUACGACAUGCACACCAACGGUGCCACCCUCGAAGCUCCGCGGAUUCAGCACGAACGCCAAGGUCAGGUCACCAGGGUUGAUAUGGUAUCUGACGCACAGGAGCUCGCCGGUACCUUUUUGCUGCGUUACAGGCCGGACAAAUGGAUCAAACCUGACCCAUCAGUCAGAAUCCCGUUCGCCGAACGAUUGCUGGUUACCAUCCCCUGCCCGUGGCCAGCAUGCCCGCAGAAUGCACCCCGAGAUUGGAUCUGCCCUGUUUGUGAGGAGAGGGUUUAUUUCUGGCCCGUGGAUAAGUACCUCCACUGCCAAUGUGGCGAGUAUCACCCGGCCAAUGCUCAGUUCCAGUGUCAACUAGCCAGCCACGGGCCACAGUAUUUUACUCCUAGCAACAGUACCGUGCUGACUGGCCUUCUUCAAGCCUGUCACGCGGCACCGCAGUAUAAUAUCCUCAUUCUGAGUGAGAUUGGCGUGGGCAAGUCCACCUUCAUUAACUCAUUAAUCAACUACCUGCAGUUCGACUCUCUCGACGAUGCGAUGAAGGAUGAGGGUGAGCUGCGUUCCGUGGAGUACCUGUCCUACGGUGGCCAGUCGGCGACGCAGCAACCCGUCAAGUACCAGUUCAACCUUAAUGGCAAGAUUAUUCAAUUGAUUGACACCCCGGGGAUUGGAGAUGUCCGGGGCCUUGAUAAGGACUACGAGAACUUCCAGAAUAUCCUCAAGACGCUCGAGUCCGUAGACAAGCUGAGCACGAUCCUGUUCCUAAUGAAGCCCAACAGUGCGCGGCCGUCAAGCGCAUUCGACUUCUGCCAUACAGAGCUCCUAUCACAUCUACACAAGGACAGUAGCCGCAACAUCGUCUUCGGCUUCACCAACUCCCGGAGCGCCAACUACUCACCGGGCGAGACCCGGGCACCACUAGAGCGGCUGCUCAAGAAGGGCAACACAGACAUCCCGCUCCCACUCGACUCUAAUAAGCUCUUCUUCUUUGACUCGGAGAGCUUCCUCUUCCUGGCCGCAUACAAACUCUUGGGUCAGGAGAGGAGUGGCAAGAGCGAUUGUGUGGCCAGUUGGGAGAAGUCGGCGCAGGAAGCGCAUCGGCUGAUCGCCACUACCUUCAAGAUCCCGGCGCAACAGGUGAAUAUGACUCUCCGUCUCAACCGCACGAGGCAGCUCAUCACCAGUAUGACAGUUCCGACAGGAACGACCCCAGAAGCUACUCCGACGAAGGAGGAACAGGCAGAGCUAGAACAUGAAGACAAAGAGAUCAGGGAGGCGCUAGCGACGUUUGGGGCUUAUCUAAACAACAGUGCCAUGGUGGCCUACAAUGACGCCACCAUCAGGUAUCUGGACUACAUGAUCAGCCAGGCGGCCCACCAGGCUCAAGUCGAGAAGAAGGCCCAGCUGGAGGCACAAAAGGCUGUCAACCAGGCAGAAGUCACUCGGAUCAGGCAAGCGAUUGAAAGCAAGACAGAAUCCCUACCGACGGAAGACAAUAUCGAUGCCAUUGUUGCUGGAUUGAAGAAGCUACUGCACUUUGGCCCAACCGUGGAUACGGUCAUGGGGCCAGGGUCGGUUUUUCUCACAGAGCGGAAGCCUAUGGAGAUUGAGAUAAGAAGAGUUUCAGGGGAAAAAAAGAGAAACCAGUUGUCACUUUAG